AUGCUCUCAAUAUUGGUCACCGUGGGCUUUCUCUGCACAGCCACUGCCAUUGCUGAAGUAAUGGAAGUGACUCAGCCAGCAAUUGUGCUGGCCAACAGGCAAGGAGUUGCCAGCUUGGUGUGUAAAUACAAGAACAUCGGGAAUGCACAGGAAAUUCGAGUGACUUUGCUUAAACAGACUGGUGACCAGAUCACAGAAAUCUGUGCUUCAUCAUACACCAUGGAGUUCAAAACAUUCUUUGUGGAAAAGAUCAUUCAGUGCCAUGUUACCCCUGGCCAAAACAAUGUGACCCUCACGCUGGCUGGCCUGCAAGCAAAUGACACUGGGCUUUACAUUUGCAAGAUGGAGCGGAUGUACCCCCCACCCUAUUUCAUGAACAAGGGAAAUGGCACACAUCUCUAUGUCAUUGAUCCAGAACCUUGUCCAGACACUGCCAUAUACCUCUGGGUAUUAGGAGCUACUGCCUCAGGAUUUUUUCUCUACAGUAUCAUCAUCUCAGCCAUUCUUGUGGGCAAAGCGAUAAAGAGAAGACGAUGUCUCACUACUGGAGUCUAUGUGAAAAUGCCUUCUGAAAAGCUAGAGAAAAAAGUGAUUCCAUUCCAUAUCACUGUUAACUGUAACAAGGAAGGAGAGAAACCAUUUCCUAGCUGGGAUGGAGUGUCUGCUAAUUCAUUUCAGUUAAAGAAAUAA